AUGACGCUCUACUACAGUCUUGUCUUCCUCCUGCUGAUGGCAGAGAUGGUCCUCUUCAUGCUGUUGAUCGUCCCCAUGCCAUACUCGUUGAAGCGAAAGAUGUUCACGUUCUUAUCGGAAAGUCCACUCAUAGCACGGCUCCAAUAUGGCUUGAAGAUUACCUUCAUAUUCAUUCUCAUCCUCUUCGUCGACAGCGUCAACCGUGUCUACCGAGUCCAAAUGGAAGUAUCCUCUUUCACCCAUGGCAACGAACGUGCAAGUGUUGUCGGAACCGAGCGUCUCGAAGUCCAAGCCCGCAAAUUCUACUCCCAACGCAACAUGUACCUCUGCGGCUUCACCCUCUUCCUCUCCCUAAUCCUUAACCGCACCUACAUCUUCAUCCUCGACAUCCUGCGUUUGGAAGACGAGGUCAAGCGGAUGAAAGGAGACCCUGACGCCCUCAAGUCCAAGGAUUCCGAGCGUCUCGACAAUGCGGCGGGAGCUGGAGACAUCGGCCGCUUGAAGAAGGAGCUGUCGAAGAAGGACCGGGACAUUGAAGCCCUCAAAAAGCAGAUGGAGGGCCUGUCUCGUGAAUACAACCGGAUGGGAGAUCAAGUUUCUCCUCAGGACGAGGCCCCGAAGAAAGAUCGCUAG